AUGGCAGAUUAUCUUUCAAGAUCACCAGUCGAAGUAGCUGAAGAAGAUAUUGAAGAACGAACUCAAUAUGAAUCAACAUCAACACAAACAGAUUUAUUAUUUUCAUCAUUAAAUAAUAAUUUAAUUCCAUUAAAAAUAACAACAGCAAUUACUAGAGCUCAAGCCAAAUUACAACAACAAGCAAUGGCAACACCAUCUACUAAAGCGACGGAUAGAAAAAUUAAUGAGCUCAUCUCACAAGGGAAAGCAGUGACUGAUGAAGAAUUGAUAAUCAAAUCAUCAGAUGAAAAUCCAAACCAGAUCAUCCCAUUUGAUAUGGAUGAUUUAAGAAAAUUAGCAUACGUCCCAGUAGGACGAAUACGUGCUGAUAUAUUAAAAAUUUAUCAUGAUACACCUGGUAAUGGAGCUCAUUCUGGACGUGACAAAACAACAAGAAAAAUUCAGGAACGUUAUUACUGGCCAACAAUGAUAGCUGAUAUUAAAAAUCAUUUAAAUUCAUGUCUACCAUGUGCACAAAAUAAUUAUCGUCGUCAAAAAUUACCAGGAAAAUUAAAACCAAUACCACCACCGGAAGGAAUAUGGAAAUUAUUAAGUAUGGAUUUUCAUGGUCCAAUAACUCCAACAUCAAAACAAGGAAACAGAUACAUUAUAUCUCUUACAGAUGUAUUAUCAAAAUUUGUUAUUACAAGAGCUGUUCGAGAUUGCUCAGCAACAACAGCAGUGAAAUUUCUUAUAAACGAUGUUAUAUUAAAAUAUGGCACUCCAACAUGUAUAUUAACCGAUAAUGGUACUCAUUUUACUUCUCAAGUUAUGAACAAAUUAUUUGAAAAUAUUGGAGUCACUCAACUUUAUUCCACAGCAUAUCAUCCACAAACCAAUGGACAAAUUGAACGAUUUAAUGGUACGAUAGAUGGAAAAAUUGCCGCCUUAUGUAAUGAACGACGUACGGACUGGGAUGAAGUAUUACAAUUUGUUGCAUUUAAUUAUAAUACAUCAAUACAUGCAACAACAAAACGAACACCAUUCGAAAUGAGGCAUGAAAGACGAGUUACACUUCCAUUUGAUCAACAAAAAGAAAUUAUUUCGCUCACACAAGAUCCAGAGCAUAGUGAAAAAAUUAGAAUAUAUCUUGAAAAAUUAGUAAAUGAAGCUCGAAACAACAUUAUAAAAAAUCAACAACAAUAUAAAGCUCGAUAUGAUUUACAUAGACAAGAUUUAUUAUUAAAAGUCAAUGAUUUAGUUUUAGUAAAAACAAAAUAUAUUAGAAAUAAAUUUGAUAUACGAUAUGAAGGUCCAUUUAAAAUUAUUAAACAAUUAGGAAUUAAAACAUUUAUUGUCCAGCAUGUUAAAAAAUUAACAUUGAAAAAACAAGUGACAAUGGAUGUAAUCGUUCCGUUGGUGGAACGAUGGAAUUUAAUUCAAUAA